GUGUGAGGCUGCCGUCCACGUCACAACAGUGAGUGUCGGCAAGUGUCAAAACUACUUUACAAGAGUUGCUCCUUGUUGAUGACUACAUAAUGUUAACAAAAUUUGAGACGAAGAGUGCAAGAGUGAAGGGCUUAUCCUUCCAUUCCAAGAGGCCCUGGGUUCUAGCCAGCUUGCACAGUGGGAUCAUCCAGCUAUGGGAUUAUCGUAUGUGCACACUGGUGGAUAAGUUUGACGAACAUGAAGGACCUGUUCGAGCAGUUUGCUUCCACCAGCAGCAGCCUCUCUUCGUGUCUGGUGGUGAUGACUACAAGAUCAAGGUCUGGAACUACAAGCUACGUAGAUGUCUCUUCACACUGCUUGGCCACUUGGAUUACAUCCGAACCACUGAAUUUCACCAGGAGUAUCCAUGGAUUCUGUCUGCUUCAGAUGACCAGACAAUUCGUAUAUGGAACUGGCAGAGCCGAUCAUGUGUUUCAAUCCUGACUGGGCAUAACCAUUAUGUUAUGUGUGCACGCUUCCAUCCAACCCAAGACCUUAUUGUAUCUGCUUCCCUGGACUCUACAGUCAGAGUGUGGGAUAUCUCAGGUAUUCCUGGCAAACCAGGAGGUCUUCGUAAGAAGAAUGUAUCUCCUGGUAUGGGUGGUAUUGGAAGCAGUGAUGACCACCACACUCGCAACCCAGAGCUUUUCAGUGCAGGGGAUGCUACAGUACGCCAUGUGUUGGAAGGACACGACCGUGGGGUAAACUGGGCUGCAUUCCACCCCACACUUCCACUGGUUAUCUCUGGUUCAGAUGACCGGCAGGUUAAGCUAUGGAGGAUGAACGAGUGCAAGGUUAGUCCUCCUCCUCCCUGCUGCUGCCGCUGCUGCUGCCGCUGCUGCUGCUGCUGCUGCUUCUUCUUCUUCUGCUUCUUCUGCUUCUUCUGCUUCUUCUGCUUCUUCUGCUUCUUCUGCUUCUUCUUCUUCUUCUUCUUCUUCUUCUUCUUCUUCUUCUUCUUCUUCUUCUUCUUCUGCUUCUUCUGCUUCUUCUUCUUCUUCUUCUUCUUCUUCUUCUGCUUCUUCUUCUUCUUCUGCUUCUUGUGCUUUUUACCCGACAAGAGUGGGUGA